GUUCAGUGUGGAACUUGAUCGCGGCUCCCGCUAGAAGCCAGUUUCGUUGCCCCGCGGAGAUCAGUGUGUCAACGUCAACAAAAGACAAUUGGAAAUCGAGGCUUACGACCAGUGAAAUCUGAUUUGAAUUUAAAUGAAAAAUCUGUCGCUGAAAGCUUGGCGUUCCACAGGCUCCUGUGGCCCCAGUCUUAGACAAUGUGUGCCGAAGAUCGGAGGAUCAGGUCCCAGGCGCUUGGAGAGACGUGAAAGCUCCACGGGCGUGGCCACAUGUCCGCAUCUGGCGGAUUCGGAGGAGCCCAGUGCACCGCGAAUACACUCGACUUCCGAGUGGCAAAACGCUCUGCCCUACAAUCAGAUUCCCGGCCCUAAGCCCAUUCCUAUUCUGGGCAAUACCUGGAGACUGAUGCCAAUAAUUGGUCAAUACACCAUCUCCGAUGUGGCCAAAAUAUCAUCGCUGCUGCACGAUCGUUAUGGCAGAAUUGUGCGUUUUGGAGGUCUUAUAGGACGGCCCGAUCUUUUGUUCAUCUACGAUGCCGACGAAAUUGAAAAGUGCUAUCGAAGCGAGGGACCCACCCCGUUCCGUCCCUCGAUGCCCAGUUUGGUCAAGUACAAGAGUGUGGUGCGCAAGGAUUUCUUUGGGGAGCUGGGCGGCGUGGUCGGAGUCCACGGAGAGCCUUGGCGGGAGUUCCGUUCGCGUGUCCAGAAGCCGGUGCUGCAGUUGUCCACCAUUCGCCGGUAUCUACAGCCCCUGGAGGUUAUCACCGAGGACUUCCUGGUGCGCUGCGAAAACCUGUUGGAUGAAAACCAAGAGCUGCCCGAAGAUUUCGACAAUGAGAUUCACAAGUGGUCGCUGGAAUGCAUUGGUCGCGUGGCCCUGGACACUCGCUUGGGCUGUCUGGAAUCAAAUCUGAAGCCGGAUUCGGAGCCCCAGCAAAUCAUUGACGCAGCCAAGUAUGCUCUGCGCAACGUGGCCACUUUGGAGCUGAAAGCUCCCUACUGGAGAUACUUUCCCACGCCCCUGUGGACGCGCUACGUGAAGAACAUGAACUUCUUUGUGGGUGUCUGCAUGAAGUACAUUCAGAGUGCCACCGAAAGACUAAAGACCCAAGAUCCCAGUCUGCGUGCCGGCGAGCCCUCGCUGGUGGAGAAGGUGAUCCUCUCGCAGAAGGACGAAAAAAUAGCCACCAUAAUGGCGCUUGAUUUGAUUCUUGUCGGAAUAGAUACGAUAUCCAUGGCAGUUUGUUCCAUGUUGUACCAACUGGCAACUCGUCCAGUGGAGCAGCAAAAGGUUCACGAGGAAUUAAAGCGACUGCUUCCGGAUCCAAACACACCACUCACAAUUCCGCUGCUGGAUCAGAUGCACCACCUGAAGGGCUUCAUUAAGGAGGUGUUCCGCAUGUACAGCACGGUGAUUGGAAACGGACGAACUCUCAUGGAGGACAGUGUAAUCUGUGGCUACCAGGUGCCCAAGGGGGUGCAGGCGGUCUUUCCGACUAUUGUCACCGGUAAUAUGGAGGAGUAUGUCACGGAUGCAGCCACUUUCAGGCCCGAAAGAUGGCUGAAACCGCAGCAUGGUGGAACUCCGGGCAAACUUCAUCCGUUCGCCUCGCUGCCUUACGGCUAUGGAGCUCGGAUGUGUCUGGGUCGUCGAUUCGCCGAUCUGGAGAUGCAAAUACUGCUGGCCAAGCUACUGCGAAACUACAAAUUGGAGUACAACCACAAGCCAUUGGAUUACGCAGUCACUUUCAUGUAUGCGCCGGAUGGACCGCUUCGCUUUAAGAUGACACGAGUUUAG